AUGUUCACUUUGAUUUUGUUCUACUUGCUUCUGAACACUCCACUUCUUGAGAUGAGUUUCAUUCCGUCCAGGUGCUUUUGGAGAAUGAAGAAGGAAGAAAAGGACGGAGAGUUAAUAGAAGCCUGCUUCUUCUCCCUUCGUGCAGUGCAAUGGUCUGUGGAGAAAGACUAUUUCAGCAACCUUCUGGAUACACUUACACAAUCCCCAAAUAAAAGCCAGUUUUCUCUGGUCUUGGCUUUUUCAGUGGAUGAAAUCAACCAAAACCCUGACCUUCUGCCAAAUAUAUCUUUAGUAUUUGAAGUACCAUAUUUUUUAAGUGUGUCAGAAUUAAAACAUCUCAUUCAUGCUUCUGGACUACAUCAUUUGUUUCCUCCUAAUUAUGACUGUAUCCAUGCACUCAAUUGUACAGUAUUUCUUACAGGACCAAACUGGGAAGCAUCUGUACUUUUUGACACUUUCAUGUCCAGCCAUGAAUCUCAGCAGGCACUUCAGCUUACUUAUGGGCCUUUCCAUCCCAUCCUGAAUGACUAUGAACAAUUUCCCUGUAUUCAUCAGAUGGCCCAUGAGGAUACAUCUCUUGCCAUGGCCAUGAUCUCCUUCUUACUUUAUUUCAACUGGAAGUGGGUAGGGCUGGCUGUCUCUGACAAUGAACAGGGUACACAAUUUCUUUCACAUUUGAAAAGAGAGAUGGAAAAGGAUACAAUCUGCUUUGCCUUUGUGAACAUGAUUCCAGUGAACAUGGUGGUAUACAUGUCAAGAGCUGAAGUGUAUUACAACCAAAUCAUGACAUCGUCCACAAAUGUUGUUAUCCUUUAUGGUGACACAGACAGUACUCUUGCUGUGGGCUUUAGAAUGUGGGAAUCUCUAGGUAUACAAAAAACAUGGGUCACUACCUCACAGUGGGAUGUUCCUACAAGUAAGAGAGAUUUCACUCUUGACUCAUUCCAUGGGACUUCUGCUUUUGCACACCACCAUGGUAAGAUAUCUGGUUUUAAAAAUUUUGUGCAGACAUUGAACCCUCUCAAAUACUCAGAUAAAUAUCUGGCAAGGCUGAAGUGGAUGAACUUUAACUGUGAAGCCUCAGCAUCUAACUGUAAGACAAUGAAGAACUGCUCAACGAAUUCCUCUUUGGAAUGGCUGGUGGCACAGACUUUUGACAUGGCCUUCAGUGAGAGCUGUUAUGACAUAUACAAUGCUGCGCAUGUUGUGGCCCAUGUCAUUCAUAAGAUGAUUCUUCAACAUUUAGAAAAUCAGCUAAUUGAGAAUGGGAAAGAAUAUGAUUAUAGCUGUUCUAAGAUGCACUCCUUGAUGAGAAAGACCAACUUCACCAGCCCUAAUGGAGACAAAGUGAACAUGAACCAGAAAGAAAAAUUUCAGAAGGAGUAUGACAUUUUCUACAUUUGGAAUCUUCCACAGGAUUUUGAACUUAAAGUGAAGAUAGGAAAAUUUAGCCCACAUUUUACACCUGGUCAGCAGUUUCAUUUAUCUGAAGACAUGUUUGAGUGGGCCACAGGAAGUAGACAGAUGCUGCCCUCUGUAUGCAGUGCUGACUGUCAUCCUGGAUUCAGAAAAUUCAGACAGGAGGGAAUGCCAGUCUGCUGUUUUAUUUGUAUCCACUGUCCAGAAAAUGAAAUUUCUAAUGGAACAAACAUGGAUCUGUGUGUGAAGUGUCCAGAGGACCAGUAUGCCAACACAGAGCAGAAUCACUGCAUCCACAAAGCUGUGAUCUUUCUGGGCUUUGAAGACCCCUUGGGGAUGGCUCUGGCCAUACUGGCCUUGUGCUUCUCUGCCUUCACAGCUCUGAUUCUUGGGAUAUUUUUGAAACACAAUGACACUGCCAUUGUGAAGGCCAAUAACCGCUCUCUCAGCUACAUAUUACUCAUGUCACUCAUGUUCUGUUUCCUCUGCUCCUUGCUCUUCAUUGGCCAUCCAAACUCAAUCUCCUGCAUCCUGCAGCAAAUCACAUUUGGAAUUGUAUUUACUGUGGCUAUUUCUACCGUGUUGGCCAAAACAAUCACAGUGGUUCUGGCUUUCAAAAUCACAACUCCUGCAAGAAGGAUGAGGUACAUUCUGGUUUCAGGAACACUUAACUACAUCAUUCUCCUCUGUACACUCAUCCAAAUUAUUCUCUGUUCAAUCUGGCUAGGAGCUUCUCCUCCAACUGUUGAUAUUGAUGCAGACUCUGAUCAUGGCCACACCAUCAUUGUCUGCCACAAGGGUUCAGUUAUUGCAUUUUACUGUGUCCGAGGAUACUUAGGCUGCCUGGCCCUCGGAAGCUUCACUGUGGCUUUCUUGGCCAGAAACCUGGCUGACACAUUCAAAGAAGCCAAAUUCCUGACAUUCAGCAUGCCAGUGUUAUGCACUGUGUGGAUCACAUUCCUUCCUGUAUACCAUAGCACCAAGGGCAAGUUCAUGGUGGCUUUGGAGAUUUUUUGCAUCUCGUCUUCCAGUGCAGGGAUGCUGGGGUGCAUCUUUGUUCCCAAGUUCUACAUAAUUUUAUUAAGGCCAGACAAAAAUUGUCUUCAGAAGAUCAGGGAGAAAUCAUAUUCCUAA